AUGAUUUUCGUUGUAAAGAAGCGCAGUGAAUGAAAGCAGAGAACAAGAAGCUCGAAAAGCCGAUAGAGCAUCAGAAGGUUUUUUACAUUCGAUCUUGCCCGCCGGCGAUUCACCAUCUCAGAGUUGGAGCUCAGAGAUCAGAGAAUGAAGUUAGCUCCAAAAGUAAUAUUUCUCGUCAGAGAGUCUGAGGGUUUCUCCUCAGCCAUUUUCGGAGCUCUUCGCCCUAAUCCGCCUUUUACGGUUACAACGCUGCAUGAAGACUUUGAGUUCUCCCUGGAGGAGUAUGCAAUCAAAGACCACAAGGCCUCAGGGAGCAUCGUUCACUAUCUCGACGAUAAAGGAAUUUAUCAGGUUUCAGUAUUAAUCUUACAAAGCUACGAACCUCCAGUCUUGGCAUGUGCUGUAGAUGUAGUUCUUUCACACAUAGCAGGACAACGUUUACCCUCUUCUUCAAAAUCAAAACCCACUCUUGUAGUCCCAUCUAUUAUUACAUCCUCGAAACUCAAGUGGGAGAGCAAAACUAACACUACAAGUGAUCGGACCGUUCUUCUGUACGGUACCGAGGUAGGUCCAGAGACAGAUAUUUCUCGAACGAUGGGUGCCAAAGUCCAGAAACUGCCAUCGACUUCACAGAUCUAUUGCGAACAACUGGCCUGUUUGUUUCACUUGAUUCGCAUCUUGAACAUUCCUGCUUUUUUUGUUGUUGGACAAACAAGUCGCAGUCUUUCCAAUCAAGCUGCAGGAGAAGAGAUUCAGAUACUGAGCGAAAUGGGUGAGCUAUUAGCGAACUCCUUGUCCCUCGGCUUUUCAAGAGAGGGAAUUGUUUGGAAUCCAAAAGAGAAGUCAAAAGAUGUAAGGGAGCCAUGGCAUGCAUUAUAUGGCUGAUGGUCUGCUCUUUUGCUAGCAUUGGAAACCUCAGUUGGUUCAUCUGGUACAGUCAUUAAAUGUUUAAUUUAAAUCUAGUUAAGAAUCUUGAUUAUGAAUUUCUUGUUGUUAUUUCAUUUACUUUGAAAAAUAUUUUAAUACGGAUAUUACCCCUUC